CCCCAAGAUAAACGUCAAAUGUCAAAACAAUGUUUUCCUCAUAACAUUUCCGAAUUUUCCUCGUCGUUCGUUUUAACUUCGAUCUUAUACAAUUCAAUUUACCGCAUUCAAUACCUAAUAAAUAAUGUUAAUCUAACAGUUAACUUCAACACCUCUUUAAAACAGAAAACAGAUCUGUACUUUUAAAUAUAUAAAUAAAUCAAGAAAUGUCCUCGAAUUGCUGUUCAAACACCUUCCAAUGGUUGCACCCACACAAUCAAGACAAAAAUGUGAUCUGUGCUAUAGUUCACAUGAUAACGAUUACACUCGUUGCAAUGUCUAUGGUUAAACUGGAUUGGUUUGUUAUUUCUGGGGGUGUUUGUACCCCUAGCUUAUCUCUAAGCUUAUUUUUUAGCUUUGGAUAUACUUAUCAAAAGUAUCCUAAUAACGAGUACAAUUGUAUAAAUGAAACUAUCGUAAAUAUGAUGAGGGUUAUUAUCUUACUAUGUUUUAUGGCUAUUAUAUUUUCUUUGUGCGGAUAUUUUCUUCACAUAGUUGGACCAAAGAGUAGUAUUUAUAAUUUUAUGCGAAAAUACGCUAUGGCAAGUACAUGUACUGUUCUGUGGGUACUUGCAAUUAUAAGUACUUGUUAUUACGUUGCUAUGCUACUUGAUGAUUCAUUAGCUGAUCUUUAUCCAUCUGUGGAAACAGUUGUUUCUUAUGGAUACGGGUUUUAUUUAAUAACAGCAGCAGGUGCCGUAUCUGUUGUUGGAACAUUCUGUAUCUUAACAUUAAUGAACACUCCAACUCCGAUAUACAGGGCGGAUGAUACGUGCCUAAUAGACGAUUUUAAUGAAAAUAAUAUGGAUACUUUUAACUCACAAACACCACCACCUCCUUAUAGCGCACCGCCCCCACCUUACACUCCAUAAAAAUUCCAUUAAAAUUUACCUUAAACUUUUCAUUAUAAAUUCGCUUUAAAUUUGAAUUUGACUUAUUGUUGUUAGAGUUAUUGUUAAGUUGUUUUUAAAUUAGACUAAGAUAAGAAAAAAAGUUUUAAAUAAGAAGAACUUUUAUCGUUAAGGCUUCGAUGUGAAACCGAAUUUGAAACGAAAGCAAAGAUGUGUUUUGUCGUUUAAUAUAAAUAUGUAUUGUGAUAUCAGAAUGUUUCUAGUCCGAGUCAGAAAGCGGCGAGAGCUGUAGCUGUCACGCACCAAAGAUUUCGACCUCCUAAAGAUUAUUAACAAAAAAAUUGAAUAAAAAUAUAGAAAUGAUGGUUAAUACAAAAACAUUAAAUAAAAUAAUAAUAAUAGGACUUUGUACGUCUACGUGCUGUCUUUCAACGUACUUUAAGGAAAAAAUUGAAUCAUCAUCAAUAUUUAUGUAUUUACCAAAAUAUAAAUUAUAUGUCAGUCUAUU